UUGCCCCCUUUUUCUUUUCUUCAAAACACCAAAAUUAAAAAGAAGGCGAUAAUAAUGGCAAACAAUAACCAACAAACAUCAUCUUUGCGACCAUGGGAAUCUUACCACACUGUUUUCACCAACGCCAAAGCAGGUAUGGAUGGGGUUGACAAGGAAAAAGUGCAAAAAGUAGUGUAUGAGAUGAGCAAAGGAUCAAAGUAUUUUGAAAACGAGGAAAGAAAGGAGGCAUACAUGAAACAGAAGAUUGAAAACAUGCGUGCUCAGCGUGCAAAGCUAAAAGCUAGUGAUAUAUCUCAUUAUCAGCGGGUUGCUGAUAAAAGAAUUGCGGAACUGGAAGCUACACGAGAUUUAUCAAGAAUUUGGUUGCAUGUAGACAUGGAUGCCUUUUAUGCAGCUGUUGAAACCUUGAGCAAUCCAGCAUUAAAAGGCAAGCCAAUGGCUGUUGGUGGCAUGUCUAUGAUCUCUACAGCUAAUUAUGAGGCGCGGAAAUUUGGGGUUCGUGCUGCAAUGCCUGGUUUCAUAGCAUGUAAAUUAUGUCCAGAGUUGAUAUUUGUGCCCGUAGAUUUUAAGAAAUAUACACAUUAUAGUGAUUUAACUAGACAAGGUCAGAUGGUUUACUUUCUUUUUUUAAAGUUAUGUGGAUUCGCUUUUAUUAAUAUACCCUUUUUGAACUGUUUUGUAAUGUGGCAUACUAAACCAGUUUUCCGUGAAUAUGAUCCCAAUUUUACGGCUGCUAGUCUUGACGAGGCAUACCUGGAUAUCACUAAAGUUUGCAAAGAAAGGGAUAUUACCGCUGAAGAGGUUGCUAAAGAGCUUAGACAAAAUGUGUACAAAGCUACCGGUUUGACAUGUAGUGCUGGAGUUGCUCCCAAUCGCAUACUUGCAAAGGUCUGCUCGGAUAUAAAUAAGCCAAAUGGUCAGUUCCUUUUACCUAAUGAUCGGGAUGCCAUUAUGACAUUUAUAUCUUCACUUCCUAUACGGAAGAUUGGAGGUAUUGGGAAAGUCACAGAGCAUAUCUUAAAAGAUGUUUUUGACAUUAAAACAUGUGAAGAUUUGCUGCAAAAAAGCUCUUUCCUUUGUGCACUAUUCUCUCCUUCAUCAGCAGACUUUUUUAUAUCGGUGGGGCUAGGAAUUGGAGGAACAGAUGCACCUCAAGUUAGAUCCCGAAAAAGUAUGAGCAACGAGAGAACGUUUUCUGCCACAAAGGAUGAGGCGUUCUUCUAUCAGAAAUUAGUUGAACUCUCAGAAAUGCUAUCUGCUGACAUGGAGAAAGAAGGUCUAUAUGGGCGAACACUGACACUGAAAUUAAAGACUGCAUCAUUUGAGGUCAGAACUCGAGCUGUAACUUUGCAGAGCUAUACACGGUCAAGUAAAGAGAUACUAAAACAUGCUUCAAAGCUUCUCAAGGCUGAACUUCCUGUAUCACUCAGACUUAUGGGACUGCGCAUGUCUCAUUUCGAUGAAGAUAAAGGUGGUACUCAAAGAACACUUUUGAACUUUAUUAAACCAGAAGGCGGUAACAAAGAAGUUGUGGAUGAAGAAGACUCGGAUGUUAAAGAUGGUUAUGAAACACAUUGUCAUGCAUUUACCGAUCCAUCUUGUGACCAUUUAUCAGAUCUCAAUCAGAACGCUUGCACUUCAGGCGAUUAUAAUGAGGAAGAAGUGGAGCAUCUUGGACUAGGAGGCAAUGAAAGCAAAGAUCAGAUUAAUGAGGAGACUCUAAUUGAGAACUCGGUGAGAGCUUCUGGAUUAGAUGCAGAUGAGGGGAGGAACCCAGAUUUGUUGGCCAGCGUUGCAUUUUCAGAUAACGAAAGGCAACUGUUGAUGUGGUUGGAUGAUUACAAGUGUUCAUUAUGCGGUGCAGAAUUGCCUCCCACUUUUGUGGAGGAAAGGCAAGAACAUUCUGAUUUUCAUCUUGCUGAAAAGCUGCAAGAAGAGGAAGAACCAGGGAACAAUUACAAUAAUCUACCACUGAAACAUAGGAUGAGGCAGAAAGAGGCUGCUGUUCACCAAAGCAAAGGCAAGAAGAAGAAGAAGCAGAAACAAUCUACCCCAAAUAGCAGGCACAUUCCAAUCGAUUCCUUUUUUACAAAAAGAAAUCACCAUUUGUAGUUUAUGUUACAUUAUUCCUGUAUAUAAUACGAAACAUUGUGCUCUUAUUUUAGUACAUAUUUAGUUAAUACUGUUUAUUGUUGUUCCGAUAACAUAUGUAAGAUUUGUGAUUAUUCAGAAGCAUGACACAUCAGUCGACAUGUUUCUGAAUGUGUAUGAAGUAUGCUUUCACCAACUGUAAAUAGAAUGAUAACAUAAUUGAUCAAAGACAAGAUCUUGAAUUUGGCAUGUUA